UGGCUUUACAAAAACAUUCCUCGGAACAGAAAUAAAGUUGGGUCUGGAACUCUUACCAGAACAACCAGAACCAUGAUGUUGAGAAAAUCAGAAGCAAAAUUUUCCAACCUUCACAACCGGUUCCAGAAUCCUGCUGGAUUUGCAGCCCUACUGGAGAAGAUAAAAAUGGAAUUAAGUCACAGUCUAAUUUUGAAUGAAGCAGCUCUAAAUCAACUGCCUGAGAACAAGAGGCCUAUUUUUAUCUUCGAAUGGCUGCGGUAUCUGGAUAAACUCCUCAUAGCAGCUCAAAAGUCUGAUAUCAAAGAGUGUCAGAAGAAAUUAGUAGACCAGUUAAUGCAACUUAUUCAACAGUGCCCAGGACCUCCAACAAGACAACUGAUCGCUCACUGCUUGGCCACCUUAUUCAGUGUAGGGGACACAUUUCUACUCUUUGAUACUGUCAACCACUGCAACGACAUUUUGAAGAACAAGGAUGACUCCUCUAGCUCUACAACCACAAAACUUGCUGCUAUCAGCUGUGUGGGAAGCAUGUACGAGAAGCUGGGUCGGAUGAUGGGGAGAUCCUACGAAGAAACAGUUCAGAUGCUCAUUAAAUCAUUGCGGAGUGCAGACUCUCAAAUGCGAGUUGAAAUCAUGAUGACUCUGGAAAAGGUUUGUUGUGGUAUGGGCAAUGCAAUAUCGAAUGUACAUCGUGAAAUCUUCAAGGCUGCCCGCUCCUGUUUAGCAGAUAGGGUUAUGGCAGUGCGUAGUGCUGCUUCCAAGUGUUUACUAGAAAUGCUGAAGCAUGCACCAUUCAUGUACACUGUUGAGCUGGAAAAUCUGACGAGUUUAUGUUUCCGGGCGUUUGACGGCUCCAGUUAUGAGGUACGGUGUAAUGUGGCGAAGCUUCUCGGAACUUUAAUUGCAACCACACAACUUCCGAAUAAUAAUCAGUCUAGCUCUCAAAAUAAAAACGUGAAGGCCACUUCCUUGGAUGAUGCCCUCAAUCUAUUAAUGUCUGGAUUCCUACGUGGAGGAACUGGUUUCCUAAAAGGCACUGGAGAAAUAAUCAAAGGGAGCUCAACUGUCAACAGAGAAGUUCGCGUUGGCGUAACUCAUGCAUAUGUGUCGUUCGUUCAAACUCUAGGGAGCACAUGGCUGGAACGGAAUUUAAGUAGUUUGCUGAAUCAUAUACUAGAUGUUGUUGCCAACCCGAAAGCUGCCUCUUCUCACGUCGAUGCUGUAUAUUCACGCAAAUGUAUCAGUUUCAUUCUUCGCAGCACGCUAGGUCGCAUGUUGGGCGAGAAAGCUCAGACAUCCGCUUGUAAAGAGUUAGCUCACAUUGUUACAAAACAAAUGUUGACCAUUGACUUUAACCCAGAAAAUGCCAAGGAUUGUAAUCAGGAAACCCUUUUUAGCCAACAUUUGCUAGUUUGUGCACUCCAUGAAAUGUCAUGUUUGAUUUUUAGUCUAGGGACAACUGCCAGCAAUAUUCUUUUGGAUCAAAAUGCAAAAGGUGGAGAUUUGCUCGGUGCAGCAUAUGCUGUUUUGUCCCAUCCAUGCCAGGCUGCUCGGCUGGCUGCAGCAUGGUGUCUCAGAUGUAUUUGUGCUGCCAUUCCUAGCCAGUGCACUCCUAUGAUAGAUCGAUGCUUGGAAAACAUAGAAAAUCUAAGGACAUCUCCAGAAGCAGUAUCAGGAUACAGUUCUGCUCUAGCUGCUGUUUUAGGAGGAGUCAAGCUUUCUUCUCUAGGAGUUCCUCACAAUAAAGGAAAAAUUAUCUUCAACUGUGCGGAGGAGUUGUUGCGAAGCGCAAGCCAGAAUAGUCGAUUAUCAUUGAUUAGAACUCAAGCCGGGUGGUUACUUAUUGGAGCUGUGAUGACAUUAGGAGUGCCUGUCGUUCGAGGUUUGAUAGCAAGGAUGCUUCUUCUGUGGAGGAACAGUUUUCCUCGAUCCAGCAAAGAAUUAGAAUCUGAAAAAGCUAGAGGUGAUGGCUUCACCUGGCAGAUAACGCUGGAAGGCCGAGCAGGGGCUCUAUCAGCAAUGCACAGCUUAUUGAUUCACUGCCCCGAGUUGGUAACUGACGAUAUCACCAAACGUCUUCUCAUACCAAUUGAAUCAGCCCUAGCAAUGUUAACAAGCAUAUCAUCUAUAGUAAAAACUUAUGGUCAACAUCUGAAAGCUCCUGCCGCCAUGGUUCGUCUAAGACUCUAUGAGACUUUAGCCUUGAUUCCGGCCCCAGCUGUUGAAGGAUCUUAUACUCAUUUACUUCGGCUGCUUGUAGCUGAAUUGACGCUAAGUGAAAAUCCAGCAAAUACAACAACCUCUCUCCUCCCUAUUACAUGUCAUGCCGAAGAUUCUGUAAUCCUUGGAUCCUGGCUACAAGACUCUGAUCAUCGUUCGAUUGAGUGUCAGUUACAGUCAAUGAGUGCCGCAGGGUCUGGAGCUCUGGAACACGAUCAUUGUUGCCUCUAUCGAUCGUUAGUGAAUGGUGAAAAUAUCCCUGGACCGCUACCUUUAGGAGUUGCUGUGAUUGAUGCCUCUGUUACUUUAUUUGGCAAGAUAUUUUCUUGUGUUGCCAACAAGCAUCGUCUGCAAAUGCUGGAUCAUUUCUCUGAGUGCAUCAAACAAGCCAAAUCGUGUCGAUCUGAUGCAGUUGCAACGAACGUUUUUGCUGCACUGCUCAGUGGUUUCAAAAGCCUCACAGAAACAAAAUCUGGCAUUGGACACGAGGAUAUAAAAAAGGCAGCAUUUUCACUAAUCACGACAACUCUGACCAGCAAUAAUCCAAUGCUCCGCUGUGCCGCUGCAGAAUGUUUAGGAAGACUAGCUCAGGUUGUUAGUGAUGCACGCUUCACAGCUGAGACUGCUCAAAUGAGUUUCGAUCGACUGAAAUCUGCACGAGACGCUGUUUCCAGAACUGGCCAUUCUCUAGCUCUAGGUUGUCUCCAUAAAUUUGUUGGGGGGCUUGGAUCCUCUCAACAUUUAAACACAAGUGUAUCAAUUCUCCUUGCUCUCGCACAAGAUUCAGCCUCUCCAGUUGUUCAGGUUUGGUCUCUUCAUGCUUUAAAACUUAUGGCUGAGUCAGGUGGUCCAAUGUUCCGAGGCUAUGUUGAACCAUCUCUAUCCUUGGUUUUGAGACUUCUGUUGACUGUUCCUCAAUCACACGUUGAUGUGCAUCAGAGUAUGGGGAAUGUGAUCUCAGCCCUGAUUACAACUGUUGGACCAGAAUUACAAGGAAGUGUGAGUUCAGUUUGCCUAGCUCGGACAUCUUUCCUAUGUGCAUGUGAAAUCAUGCAAGGUCACUAUCAUCCCUUGGUUCAAGCGGAAGCCAUCUCCUGUUUACAGCAGUUGCAUUUGUUUGCCCCAAGACAUGUCAAUUUAUCGUCCUUAGUACCAACAUUAUGUGUAACGUUGUUCAGUAAGCAUUUAUUGUUGCGGAAAGCAGCUGUAGCCUGUCUACGACAAUUGGCACAGCGAGAGGCCAAACAAAUCUGCGACCAAGCCUUAGCAUUUUUUGCAGAAAAAAGUUAUUUUAAUGGAGAAGAUUUUUCAAUGCCAGAUUCUGGGCUUCCAGGAAUUUUAUUUGGUAUGCUAGAUUUGGAAACAGAUGCUCAGUUGAUAAAAGAUAUUCAUGAUACACUGACAAGUAUGCUACAAAUAAUGGCAGCUGAAAAUCUCUCUCUAUGGUUGUCGCUAUGCAAAACUGUGCUCACAGUUGCAUCAGACUCUAUAACUUGUGCUGAGUCUGAAAAAGUUGAACUCUGUGAAAAAUCAGUUGACAAAGAAGAUGAGGACGAAGAUGAUGAUCAUGUAGAAUUCACAUCCACUGAGGAAUCAAAUAGAGCGCUCAUACAACCACGUUGGCCCACGAGAGUUUUUGCUGCUAAAUCUGUACGGAGAAUGUUACACUCAUGUGAACUUGCCAGCCCUGCUCAUUUUGAACUUAGUUUAGCUAAGGAAAUUCAGUUGACAAAAAGUAGAGGUGACUUUUUGGUCCUUCAUUUAUCAGAUUUAGUGAGGCUUUCAUUCAUGGCGGCAACUAGUGACUGUGAUCCUUUGAGACUGGAAGGUUUAAGGCUCCUGUACGAUGUUAUAACAAAAUUUGCCAAAGUUCCAGAACCAGAAUUUCCCGGACAUCUUCUGCUGGAACAAUUUCAAGCGCAG